AUACAACAAUUUCAUGCUUUAAAAAUCCAACUCACAAGAAUGAUAGUGAAGUGAAUACUAUUGUCUCAAAUUCACGUUCUUUUAGUCACUGUCGGUGAGUAAAUAAGCGCACACGUCGUGUAUUCUGUGCGUUCAUAUUCUGUGUAUACUGUACUUCGUGUGUUCUGGGAUCUCUCUUGCUCUCUGUUUUUAUUUGAGUUGGUGGGCGAGAUUCCAGUAUCAAAAUGCUCCAUUUAGAAAACAACAAAUGCAAAAGAAUAAACCCAAGGCAAAAACAAAUUCUGUAUGGCGCAAUGGCAACUAAUAGGAAAAUACUCGAUUGUAUUACUGGUGAUUCACAAGUGCGACAGACGCGACAAGCUGUAUGGAGGAAAUUAGCACGCGAGCUGAAUCAAGCUGGACCUGAAAAAGAUAUAAGCCAAUGGAGGAAGGUUUGUUUCUUGUUUCUUGUUUGGUGUUGUUUAUGUUUAUUUUUUGAUGUGUGGACAGACUUGCGGCUUGGGAUGAGAAAGAAAUGGGAUAAGGCACAAAAGUCAGAGUACAUGUUGACUGAGUACGAGAGCCGAGUGAUAGAAGCCUGCGAAAUGAUUGAAAAACCAGGGGAUGAAGACUUUAACGAGAAGAGUGCUGAAGAGAUCAACAGUUUUCUGGCAUUUUUGGAAGAGGACGUAUUGAGUGAACGUGUUCAUGAUAAUUCAGAUUAUUAUAAGGAAGACAACAGUAAUUCCAGUUCAUAUUAUUUAGCCGACUCAAGUGAAUUUAUUACCCGAUGCAGUCAGCCCCCAGAUUCAAAAAGGUCAAAAAAUGAUUUUUACUAUGAGCCGGACCAUUUUGUUGAUUACGAUGAUGACAAUUCUGUGGAAUACAUCAGCGAUGAUGAUCAAACACCAACUAAAUCGGAAGAUCGAAAUUUUAGAGAACCUUCUGUGGAAUGUAUUAGUGAUGACGAAGAACCGGUGAUAACAAACGGAACAAAAUCUCAAGAAAGCCCUGCUCAUUUGUCUAAUGAAGAAGAAGAACCACUUUUAACAGAAAUCAUUCCACAAGCUAUGCCAUUUCAUGAAACACUAGAAAGCGAAACUGCUCCAGAAUCAUUUUUACUACAAUCCCCAGAACUUCAUCCAGUGCCAUCAGCGUCUAAAAUUGUACAUAGACGACAAACACUUAAAAACGCAACAUUUAAAGAAAUCAGAAAAAUGCAUCGAAAUUUGCUCAAUGAAUCAAGGAAACAAACAGCGUUAUUGAGAAAACUUGUACAGGGAAUGAAGAAGUGAAAUAGUUUAUAAUUAUUUUGUUCCUCAUAAAUUAAAAGUAAAUGUUGACAAACUUUUUGAUAAUUAUUGAAUAAUUGUGCAGGAUACACAAGACACGAUGUAACUGGCCAUAAAGUAUAGUUAAUUUUAUAUACUUCUAGAAUAGUUUCGUGUUAUUAAAAGAAUAUAAAUUUUUAAAAUCGGA